CUCUGAUAUUUCCUCAUCGUUUGAAUCUCUACGUUUUCUCUCUCAUCAUUGUCACGAGACGUUCAUCACGCGCACACAAAUCGUUGUGCAGUUUGAUUCUCUCUCCGUUACUGGUGGAUUGAAAUCUCAUUUUUAGGAAUAAAUGAGACUCUUCUUGGUUGGAUAUAGAGAUUCAAUUUGUUAUCAGCCGUGAAGUACUCGGAUCCAAGUGGUGGUUAGUUCACUUGUGUCGGCAUCUGGCUUCAAUUUAGGAUUCGGGAGGGUUUAGGUCAUAUGGUGUUAAACUAUGGGGCGUAAAUGAAGAAUUUGUUCUAAUAAACGGUCUUAUAUUCAAACAUGGUGCAAAAAAGGUCUUGUAGGGGAUAAACAGGGAUGUGUUGUUAAUUUGUAUCAUCUAUUGAUGAACAUGGAAGAGGCACGUGAUGAAUUAGGGACCUCAGAGCAAGGGGCUUCUAGUAAUGCAUGGUGGUCUUCAGAGUUAAUUGAUAAAUUUGAAUCUGCUUCAUUGGACUCAAAAAAAGAAACUCUAACUCAUAGAAGAUCUAUGAGCAGCAGUACAUAUGAUAGGUUUCUAUCUCAAUCUCAAUCAGCAUCACAAAUCCUUUGGCGCACUGGAGUGCUUUCUGAACCUAUUCCAAAUGGUUUCUACUCAAUCAUUCAUGAUAAGAGGCUCAAGGAUCUUUUUGAUGAUAUUCCCACCUUGGAGGAGCUCCAUGAUUUAGAACUUGAGGGUGUGAAAGCUGAUAUCAUACUUGUUGAUUCCCAAAAAGACAAGAAGCUUUCCAUGCUAAAGCAACUAAUUUCCACACUAGUGAAAGGUCUGAACUCAAAUCCUGCAGCCAUUAUCAAAAAGAUUGCUGGAUUGGUGUCAGAUUUCUAUAAGAGACCACAGUUUGACAGCCCAAUUAAAGCUACACUUGAGGAUACUUCUAAUGUCCCUGGCAGUCGUGGGGUCCACUUGCUGGGGCAUAUAAAAAAUGGUUCAUGUCGUCCUCGAGCAAUACUCUUUAAAGUUCUUGCUGAUACUGUAGGUUUUGAAAGUAGACUGGUAGUGGGAAUACCUAAUGAAGGAGUUGCUGGAGAAAGUGAUUCUGCAGAAAAUGACUCAUGUGAUUCACCACUAGAACCAAACAGCCCUUUAUAUGGGUUUUCAGAGAGGAUAGACAAUGAGAGUUCUGAGAAAGAUGACAAUCUUCAUUACCAGAGGAGAUUGGAUUUAUCUUUGAAUGUUCCUGGACCUUCAUUGAGGAAUAAAAUGAUGCGUUCUGCAUCCUCCAUUGAUGGGAAAUGGAGUAUAUCCCAUAGUGAACCAGAUAUUGCUGCUUCAUUUUGGCGAAGAAGCCGGAGGAAGGUGAUAAAUGAACCAAGGACUGCAAGUUCAAGUCCAGAGCAUCCUUCCUUGAGAGCACGUGGCCGAUCCAUGCUUGGUGGUGAUAGAAGAUCAUUUAGAGAGUAUCCUGGUGAUGUUGGUCCAUCAAGAUCAGAAGGCACAUCAACGUCUGAACAUCGUAGAAACCGAAGAAGAAGCAUUAGUAUUACUCCAGAAAUUGGCGAUGACAUCGUAAGGGCUGUACGCGCAAUGAAUGAAACAUUAAAACAAAAUCGACUAAUGAGAGAACAGGUGGACACUCGGUUGCAGAAUCCAGAACUUAAGAAAGAUGAGACUGAUGAGAAUGAUGGAAGAUCUUUAUAUAGUCUUGAAAGGGAGAGGGAGCGUGAGGCUUCUCAAAAGGCAAUGUCAUUACCUACAUCACCUCAUGAAUUCAGGCAUCCAGCUUCCGGAAGACCUGGUAUUCCAGAUGGUGAUGAAACAGUCUCAACAUGGAACAAAAUUCUGGAUUCACCCAUGUUCCAAAAUAAGCCUCUUCUGCCUUAUCAAGAAUGGAACAUUGAUUUCUCAGAACUUACUGUUGGCACCAGAGUUGGAAUUGGAUUCUUUGGGGAAGUUUUUCGUGGCAUUUGGAAUGGAACAGAAGUAGCAAUAAAAGUUUUUCUUGAACAGGAUCUUACAGCUGAGAACAUGGAAGAUUUCUGCAAUGAGAUUUCCAUCCUCAGUCGCCUUCGGCAUCCAAAUGUUAUAUUGUUUCUUGGUGCGUGCACAAGGCCUCCACGCUUAUCAAUGGUGACGGAAUAUAUGGAGAUGGGAUCCUUGUAUUACUUGAUCCAUUUAAGCGGUCAGAAGAAGAAACUCAGCUGGCGAAGAAGACUUAAAAUGCUUCGUGAUAUAUGCAGAGGGUUGAUGUGCAUUCACCGAAUGAAAAUAGCUCACCGCGACAUAAAAAGUGCAAAUUGUCUGGUGAACAAGCAUUGGACAGUAAAGAUAUGUGAUUUUGGGCUUUCAAGAAUGAUGACAGAAUCACCCGUCAAAGAUUCCACGUCAGCAGGCACCCCUGAAUGGAUGGCUCCAGAACUAAUCCGAAACGAACCUUUCACUGAAAAAUGUGACAUUUUUAGCCUCGGAGUCAUCAUGUGGGAGUUAUGCACUCUCAAUAGGCCAUGGGAAGGUUUGCCACCUGAGAGGGUUGUGUAUUCUGUUGCCAAUGAAGGCUCACGGUUGGAGAUCCCUGAAGGUCCACUUGGCAAGCUCAUUGCUGAUUGCUGGGCAGAACCAGCCGAGCGACCAAGCUGCGAGGACAUUUUGGUCCGUUUGCUAGACUGCGAAUAUGCCCUCUGUUGAGAGAACCAUCAUAUCAUUUCAUAUCAUAUAUCAAACUUAAACAACAAAGACAUACUACUAGUAGAGAGGUUUUACCAAAUAUUAUCGGCUCCACUACUUUUGACUUCUGUAUAAAUCCAGUUAUUUGGAACAAAACUAUUCCUGCCUUUCCUUUCUCAAUCAUAC